GUCAAGGUCCAGCUAGGCCCCGCCCCCACAAUCGGUUCCUGCCCACGGCCGACCUCCCGGCUGCGCGCGCAGUUUCCCACAGACCCGGAAGCAGAUCGGGUGGAGUGAAGGUCGGCCGGCGGCUCGAUUGACUCCUAGAGACUCAUGUUACCUGAGGAAGAAGCCCCGAAGAGGAGGAAGAGGGAAGACAAAGUGUCACAAAUGGCUCUUACUCAGGGACGGUUGACAUUCAGGGACGUGGCCAUAGAUUUCUCUCAGGAGGAGUGGAAAUGCCUGGACCCUGACCAGAGGGCUUUGUACAGGGAUGUGAUGCUGGAGAACUACAAGAACCUGGUUUCCCUGGGUAUUUCUCCUACAUGUGUAGUCAAAGAGAUAUGUCCCAAGGGGGACAGCAAUACAGGAGAAAUAUUCCAAACAUUGAGUUUGGAGAGGAAUGAAAGGAACAAUGUCAAAGACUUUUCCCCCAGAGAAGUCCAGAAAAAUCAAAAUGACUUUGAGUUUCAGUGGAAUAAUGAUGAAGGAAAUUUGAAUGACCUGUUUAUAAUUCAUAAAGAAAAUCUCAUCUCUAGAAGAGAUCAACAUGAUAGAAAAGAUGCAAGAAGCAGUGUUAUGAAAACUUGCCUUGGCUCCAGCUUUCAGUCACAUUUGCCGGAACUGCAAAUAUUUCCCUCUGAAAGUGAAAUUGAUGAAUGUAAUUACAUUGAGCAGUCUAUCAACAAUAUCCCCUUAGUUUCACCACCUCAAAGAAUUCCUUCUAGUGUUAAAACUCACAUGACUGAUGAAUAUGGGAAUGAUUUUAUCUACUCGUUGCUCACACAAGAACAGAAAACACAUAUUAGAGAGAAACCUUACAGAUGUGAGGAGUGUGGCAAGAUCUUCAGCUAUACCUCCUCUCUAGCACAUCAUCGGAGAAUUCAUACUGGAGAGAAACCUUACAAAUGUAUUGAGUGUGGUAAGGCUUUUUUCAGACGUUCUUACCUUUUAGUUCAUGAGAGACAUCAUACUGGAGUGAAACCCUAUAAGUGUAAUGACUGUGGCAAAGUCUUCACUCAGAAUUCACAUCUUAUAAGUCAUCGGAGAAUUCAUACUGGAGAAAAACCAUAUAAGUGUAAUGAGUGUGGCAAAGCUUUUAGUAUUCGUUCAAAUCUAACUAACCAUCAGGUUAUCCACACUGGAGAGAAACCCUACAAAUGUAAUGAAUGUGGUAAGGUCUUCAGUCAAACUUCAAGCCUUGCAAUUCAUCGGAGAACUCACACUGGAGAAAAACCUUACAAGUGUAAUGAGUGUGGCAAAGUCUUCAGUUCACACUCAAACUUAAAUACCCAUCAGAUAAUCCAUCGUGGAGAAAAACCUUACAAGUGUUAUGAAUGUGGCAAGGUCUUCACUCAGAAUUCACACCUUGCAAAUCAUAGGAGAAUUCAUACUGGAGAGAAACCUUACAAAUGUAAUGAGUGUGGCAAAGCUUUUAGUGUGUAUUCAAGCCUCACCACCCAUCAGGCAAUCCAUACUGGAGAAAAACCUUAUAAAUGUAAUGAAUGUGGCAAGGUCUUCACUCAGAAUUCACACCUUGCAAGUCAUCGAGGAAUUCAUACUGGAGAGAAACCGUACAAAUGUGAUGAAUGUGGCAAAUUCUUCAGUCAGACUUCAAAUCUUGCAAGGCAUUUGAGAGUUCAUACUGGAGAGAAACCUUAUAAGUGUAAUGAGUGUGGGAAAUCUUUCAGUGUGCGUUCAAACCUAAUUGCUCAUCAGGUAAUUCAUACUGGUGAGAAGCCUUAUAAAUGUAGUGAAUGUGGCAAGGUGUUCAGUCAAACUUCAAGUCUUGCAAUUCAUCGGAGAAUUCACACUGGAGAGAAACCUUACAAGUGUAAUGAAUGUGGCAAAGCUUUUAGUUCUCAUUCAAAUCUAAAUACUCAUCAGAUAAUCCAUCGUGGAGAAAAGCCUUAUAAAUGUAAUGAUUGUGGCAAGGUCUUCACUCAGAAUUCACACCUAGUAAAUCAUCAGAGAAUUCAUACUGGUGAGAAACCGUACAAGUGCAAUGUGUGUGGCAAGGCUUUCAGUGUUUAUGCAAGCCUAACCACCCAUCAGGUAAUCCAUAGUGGAGAAAAACCUUACAAAUGCAACGAGUGUGGCAAGGUCUUUACUCAAAAUUCACACCUUGCAAGUCACCGAAGAAUUCAUACUGGAGAGAAGCCUUACAAGUGUAAUAAAUGUGGGAAAGCUUUUAGUGUGAGUUCAAGCCUAACUACCCAUCAAUUAGUUCAUACUGGAGAAAAACCUUACACAUGUAAUGAAUGUGGUAAGGUCUUUGGCCGGCGUUCAAACCUUGCAAGUCAUCAGAGAAUUCAUACUGGGCUUUUAAAAGCUUACAAAUGAGUGUGGCAAGGCUUUUAGUCAGGAGCCACUUCUUUCACAUUAGAGAAUUCAUUAAGAAAACCUUUAUAAAUGUAAUGACUAUGGCAAACUACUAAUCAAGAGUUUAAACAUUAGUAAAUAUCAAGAAAGUUCAUACUAACCAAUUUUAUAAAUGUAAUUGUAUGGCAGAGGCUUUAUCCUAGACUCACAACUCCCUAGACAUCAAAUUAUACAUCUUGGAUGAAAUCAUACAAAUGUGUUGUACAUGCUGAGGUUAUUACCCAGUGACUCUGUAGAUGAGGAUUGAUGUGAGAAAUACCUUGGUCUCUAGUUUUCCAAGAUUAAUCUUUGAGUUACCUUUUGCAGAAUAUUAUAUUAUGAGAGGCCUGGUUAUCUUCAGGUUAUAAAAUACUUCACUUUAUGUUUCCUAAGAACAGUGCUUUAUUAUAUGUGAUAUUCACAACAACCUUGAAAUCUGUUAGUAAUAUGCCUGCCUUCAGACUUCAUUGUGGUCUCUGUGAAGGAAUUGAGAGGAUGAAAGAUCUUACUUCUUUAGGUGAGCAUCAUUUCCAUCCAGGUAUUGAGGAAAAUGAAUCUUUUUGAAGUUGAAUAUUGUCAGCAUUUGGGAAGAGGCAGAGAAUCAUUCUAAAAGCUAGUAUGUAAGUCAUGCUUGCUGUUUUCAAGGUGCCCUUCAUGGGGACUGUGGAGUAUAGAAAAAAAAUUUUCUAGCAUCUGACCAUAAAAUAGAAUAGCCCAAGACCACAGGAUCCUGGGAUUUAUGUGCGAUAAGAGGACUGUGUUAUUAAGGACCACUUAAGUCAUACAGAGGUGGGCAGGUCUUUGGCCUACUGGUUAAGACACCUAUGCCACACAUCAGGAGUCCCUGGACUUGAUACCCAGCUCUGGUUCCAGAAUCCUGCCACAUAGAUUCAGAGAGGCAGGAGUGAUUGGAUUCUUGCCACUAAUGUGGGAGACCUGGACUGAGUUCUUGGCUUUGGCCUGGCCUGGCCUGGCCCAGCCCUGGCUGUGGAAGGUGAAUGAACCAGUGGAUGAGAUUCCUAUUUCUCUUCUUCCCCCUUUAAAUAGAUUUUUUUAAACAUUAACAUUGAAGUGGUGGUUACAUUUUGUUGCUGUUUGAUUCAAAAUGUAUUGUUGAUGUGAUGUCUGAAUACAAUUUAAUCUUUUAUUACCGUGAGUCAUACUACUACUCACAUAGUUUUGUUCUACCUCAGUAGGAUACUUAGGACAAUAGCUAACUACCCUUUUUACUGCUUCUCCAUGGUUAAUUAAGAGACUAGGUUUUGCAGCUUACACAGCAGGGAUUCCAAUUCUGAUUCAUCAGUAUGUAACUGGAUGAGUCUUGCAGCCUCUUUCUGUCCUAGCUUACCUCUGAUGUGAAAUGGCAAUAUCAGCAAUACUUAGCUGGAAAUUCAAUUAUUAAACACAAAGAAACAGUUAAUUUUUAUUCCAAGUAUAAUUGAUAUAAAAAGAACUACAUAGAAAACUUAAGGGAUAACUUACUAAAUUAAUAUAUUUUUGAAUGAGAACAAGUCAAAGGGCAAAUAUUGAGUGUCAGUUUUUUCUGCAAGGUUUUCUGGGUCUGAGUGAGUAAAGUAACUCAUAGGAAAUGGCAGAAUGGUGUCAGGGAUUCUGCAGUGGAAAUACCUCCUUGUCACAAAUGGAGAUCUGGAGACUUUCUCAAUGAUACUUUCAUUUAUCAUUGUAGAUGCUAGUUAUGCCCACAUGUUUAUUGUUUUAAAAACCUCAUUAGCCAACUCCCUACAUUCAGAGAAUUUAUUCACCAUUUGUCAUUUCACUUCUUUCAUUGAACUAGACUUAAAAGGCUACUCAUUUUUUUAAAUAUUCCUGAUUUUGCCUGCUAUUUUUAACACUUUUAAUAUUUUUAACUGGCGUCAAAAUUUGUGCAUAUUUAUGGGGUACUACAUGAUGUUUGAAUACAUCUAUAUGUUAUGUAAUGUCUAAUGAAGUAAAUAUAUAUCCUAAACAUUGCCUUUUCUUUAUAGUGAAAAAAAUCAAAAUCACAGUGUUUUUUAAAUGUACUUUUUUUUUACAGUUCCCCCAAAUUUGCAUUUUCAUGCCACAGAAUGUCUUCAGACAAUACCUUCAUUUGUGUAUCUCCUAAAUUUUUUACUGGAGUAAUGCACAGAAGAGAAAAUUAAACAUCUAUUCUGGAUUAUAAUGUGUAAAGGGGAAGAGACCCUUUAAGUAAAAAUCAUACAAAUACAAAGUAAUUUCACUAUAGUUGAAAAUGACCCAUGGAAUAAUAUAUUGCUCAGCACCAUAAAGUGAAAAUGAUAUUUCCAUAGCUUUUGGAAAAAUGCUUCUGCAGUGAAAUUACUUAAUCAUAUUAACUGUUUAAGGAUUUCCACACAUUAAUUUUUUACUGGACUAAUGAAAUGUUUUAGUCAACUUGAACAAUAUGUCACAAACAUUUUUAACAGUCCUAUGUGAGGUGAUAUGUGCAUCAGGAAAUGGCAUGCCUGAGUCUCCUCACUUAUCAGCUGAAUCCUUUUGAAGUCAAGAGGUUUUUCCACCAGAAAAAUAAGUUGAUGAAAGUUAUCUUUUUUUAAUUUGACAUGUAGAAGUUUUUGGAAAAGAUUUAUUUAUUUUGAAAGGCAGAGUUACAGAGAGGAAGAGGCACAGAGAGAGCUUCCAUCUGUUGGUUCACUCCCUAAAUGGCCACAACAGCCAGAGCUGGGAUGAUCCAAAGCCAGGAGCCAGGAGCUUCUUCUGGGUCUUCCACGCAGGUACAUGGGCCCCAGGACCUGGGCCAUCUUCUGCCUUCCUAGGCCAUAGCAGAGAGCUGAAUCAGAAGUGGAGCUGCAGGAACUCGAACUGGUGCCCAUAUGGGAUGCAGUACUGCAGGUGCUGCCUUUACUUGUUAUGCCACAGUGCUGGCCCCAACAUGUAGAAAUUGUGUUUUCUGUGACCUGGGGACAAAAGCUGUAUGGAGAACUUGAAUUCAGAGUGGAAAUAUAGCAAAUAUAUAUAACAAAUGUUGAUCAGUUAGGUAGUUUUUUAAUUUAUAAUGUAAAAUAUAAAUAAUAUAAAAAGCACUGUUCAUGGUUCACUCCCCAAAUGCCUGAAACAGCCAGGGCUGGGACGUACCCAAGCCAGGACCCUGGAACCCAGGAUGGACCUCUCCCAUGUGGGUGGUAGGCACUCAAGCCCUUGUACCAUCAUGUGCUUGCUCCUUGGGUGUAAAUUAACAGGAAGGUGGAUUGAUAGUGGAGCCAGGAUUCAAACCCAAAGACUCUUCAUGGAAUGUGGGUGUCCCAAGUGGUAUCUUAACAACUGGGCCAUAUGUCUGCCCCAUGAUAUUACAGUGUCGAUAAACUGAAAACUUGUAAUGUAAUCUCAGGAAUUAUUGAGGCUUCAGUGUACCUACAAACUAGUAAACACUAACAAUUUGAUUAUCCAAGAAAUUAUUGAACUACAUACUAUUGGGAAAAGACAUUUACAAAUCCAGAAAUGCUUUCCAAAAGUGGAAUAAAGAAAGAAAACAUUUAAAUUAAAAUACCAGAAUGUUCUGGGUAAUAGAAAUUGCCAAGAAAUUGAAGAUAAAAAACUCCCUUUUAUGCAGCCCAUUAUGUACCUGUUUUCCUGAUAAAUUAGCCCUAUAGAAAGAAGACUUAAUAUCACCAUUGAUCACACAUAGUUUAUUCUGACUCUGGUAACAAGUGUAUGAGAGGUCUUCAAAAAGUUUAUGGAAAAUGCAUGUUAUGGAAACAAUGUCAUUUUUUGUACCAAAAUAAAAAACUUGUUAUAACA